AGCUCCCUGAGGACCAAACCUCCUUCCUCGCGCCGGUGGAGCCCGAGGAGGGUGAAGAGUGGCCGUGUCGCGGAAAAGCUGGCACUCAGUAGGUGCUCAAGGAGCAGCCAGUGUCAACACGGGUGACCCAAUGCAACUCCUUCCCGCCUCCCGCGUGGUAACGCUCCGGUGGCCCACAUGGUCUUGAAGGGUGUUUCUGCUCCCAACGACACCCAUCCCCACAACAAAGAAACUCGCCAUCCCCGGCCGCCUCCCCUCGGUGCACCCCAGAGGCACAGCGGGCCCGGAGCGCCGCACGCCGGUAGCUGUCCCCCGAAAUCGCGGCUCGGGAGCUGUCCCUGGUAGGUGCAGGUGCGCGCGGGACGGGGGCGGGAGCCGACCCCGAGGGGCAGCGAGCGGCCGGCGAACUAGGUGGCGCCCGCCGGGCGCGCGGCGACACCGCCUCCACCGAGAUUUAAAGGGCAGCCGGGCGGAGGGAUCUUCGAACGACUCUCGCUGCGAUCCCUCCGCCUCAAGGCGCAGCGACGGCCAACGACGCGGCUCCUUCUCGGAAAAUCGCUCCUGUGCCUCCGCCGUCGGGUGCUGCGGAGCGGAACUCCAUUCUCUCUGGCGUCUCUCCGCCUCCUCCCUCACAAUUCCGUCGAAGCCAUCGCGGUGACUGGCGUGGGGCAAAGGAGCGCGUACGCUCGUAGCCUGCGUGGUGUCCCUCCGCCGUCAUCCGUGGACUUCUUUUCGUGUCCUUCCACCAAGCCCGGGCGGUGUCCGGGUGGCUCACCGGGGGCGGCGACGCGUCUGCGGCGCGGCAGCGAGACUCGGGGGCUAUGAGGUGAGGACACCCGGGGACCGGAGGCGGCACCCGGCGCUGUGCGAGAACGCAGGACGCGAAGCCCCGAAGCCGGCGGAUGCCUCCCAGACCCCGCGGCUGCGCGCGAGGCGGAGGUGAGGCCCGAGGAGAGAACAUUGAAAUUAUUCUCUAAGCUAUCUGAAGAGAGUGACUAAAUGCUCCUGGGUCAGGCUGUCUGUGGGUAUGAAGUGGUUGGGAGACUCCAAGAACAUGGUGGUGAAUGGCAGGAGAAAUGGAGGCAAGUUGUCUAAUGACCAUCAGCAGAAUCAAUCAAAAUUACAGCACUCGGGCAAGGACACCCUGAAGACUGGCAGAAACGCCGUUGAGAGGCGGUCCAACAGAUGUCAUGGUAACUCAGGAUUUGAAGGGCAGAGUCGCUAUGUGCCGUCCUCUGGAAUGUCAGCCAAGGAGCUCUGUGAGAACGACGACUUAGCAACCAGUUUGGUUCUUGAUCCCUAUUUAGGUUUUCAAACACACAAAAUGAAUACUAGCGCUUUUCCUUCAAGGAGCUCAAGACAUAUUUCAAAAGCUGACGGGUUUUCUCACAGCAACCCUGCAAGAUUUCGGCCUAUUAAGGGAAGGCAAGAAGAGCUAAAGGAAGUAAUUGAACGCUUUAAGAAAGAUGAACACUUAGAGAAAGCCUUCAAAUGUUUGACUUCAGGUGAAUGGGCACGGCAUUAUUUUCUCAACAAAAACAAAAUGCAGGAGAAAUUAUUCAAGGAACAUGUCUUUAUUUACUUGCGGAUGUUUGCGACUGACAGUGGAUUUGAAAUAUUGCCUUGUAAUAGAUACUCUUCAGAACAAAAUGGAGCCAAGAUAGUUGCAACAAAAGAGUGGAAACGAAAUGACAAAAUAGAAUUACUGGUGGGUUGUAUUGCCGAACUUUCAGAAAUUGAGGAGAACAUGCUACUUAGACAUGGAGAAAACGACUUCAGUGUCAUGUAUUCCACAAGGAAAAACUGUGCUCAACUCUGGCUCGGUCCUGCUGCAUUUAUAAAUCAUGAUUGCAGACCUAACUGUAAGUUUGUGUCAACUGGCCGAGAUACAGCAUGUGUGAAGGCUCUGAGAGAUAUUGAACCUGGAGAAGAAAUUUCUUGUUACUAUGGAGAUGGGUUUUUUGGAGAAAAUAAUGAGUUCUGCGAAUGCUACACUUGUGAAAGACGGGGAACUGGUGCUUUUAAAUCCAGAGUAGGACUGCCUGCGCCUGCUCCUGUUAUCAAUAGCAAAUACGGACUCAGAGAAACAGAUAAACGCUUAAAUAGGCUUAAAAAGUUAGGGGACAGCAGCAAAAAUUCAGACAGUCAGUCUGUCAGCUCUAACACUGACGCAGACACCACUCAGGAAAAAGACAAUGCAACUUCUAACCGAAAGUCUUCAGUCGGUGUAAAAAGGAGCAGCAAGAGCAGAACACUGACCAGGCAGUCCAUGCCAAGAGCCCCGCCCGCUUCCAACUCUACCUCACCUAAGCUAGCGCACAGGAACAACUCCAGGGUACCAAAGAAAUUAGGAAAGCCGGCAAAGCCUUUACUUUCCAAGAUCAAACUGAGGAAUCACUGCAAGCGACUGGACCAGAAGAGCACAUCACGGAAGCUCGAGAUGGGGAACUUAGUGCUAAAGGAGCCCAAAGUUGUGCUAUAUAAGAAUUUGCCAAUUAAGAAAGAGAAGGAGCCAGAGGGACCAGCGCAUGCUGCAGUGGGGAGUGGGUGCUUGACUAGGCAUGCUGCAAGAGAACACAGGCAGAACCCUGGCAGAGGUGCUCACUCGCAGGGCGACAGUUUGCCCUGCACCUACACAACCCGGCGCUCAUUGAGGACAAGGACAGGUCUGAAGGAGACCACUGACAUCAAGCUUGAACCAAGUCCCUUGGAUGGCUAUAAAAAUGGCAUUCUGGAACCUUGCCCAGACAGUGGCCAGCAGGUGACCCCAGAGGUGCUGGAAGAACUGGCUCCUGAGACUGCACACAGGGAGGAAGCUUCCCAGGAGUGUCCCAAGAGUGAGCCAUGCCCUUCAAGAAAGAAAUUUCGACAAGGGAAACCCAUGAAACACUUAGCCAAGGCAGAGGACUGCAGUCUGGAGCCCAGCUUCCCUGGGAAAGAUGGGCUGCCAGAUUUGUCAGGGCCCCAUCCUGACCAGGGUGAGCCCAGUGGCACCACUGGGGUACCUGUAAGCUACACAGACUCUGCUCCCUCACCUGUUGGCUGUUCCGUUGUCACAUCCGACAGCUUCACAACAAAAGACAGCUUCAGAACUGCACAAAGUAAAAAGAAGCGGCGGGUCACCCGGUACGAUGCACAGCUGAUACUGGAGAACAGCUCUGGGAUCCCCAAGCUGACGCUUCGCAGGCGGCACGAUAGCAGCAGCAAGACAAACGACCACGAGAGCGAUGGUGUGAACGCCUCUAAAAUCAGCAUCAAGCUCAGUAAAGACCAUGAAAGUGACAGCAACCUCUAUGUCGCCAAGCUCAGUAAUGGGGUUAGCUCGGGGCCAGGUGGCAGCUCUACCAAGCUCAAAAUCCAGCUCAAGCGGGAUGAGGAGAGCAGGGGGCCAUAUGCAGAGGGGCUUCAUGAGAACGGAGUGUGCUGCAGCAAUCCCCUCUCCCUGCUGGAGUCCCAGAUGGAAGUGGACGACUACAGUCAGUAUGAGGAGGACAGCACAGAUGACUCCUCGUCUUCUGAGGGGGAGGAGGACGAGGAGGACUGCGAGGACGACUUCGAUGAUGACUUCAUCCCUCUUCCUCCCGCGAAGCGGCUGAGGCUAAUUAUGUUUCUCCUUGGAGGUGUCGGUUUCACACUGUUUACCGGCCCAGGUGUCCUGUCCGUGGCCUUCGAUAUCACAGAGACCAUUUGGCUGGAAGUCAGAUUGAUUUCUUUGAAGAAAAGAAACUAAAUUAAAAUGCAGUCUUCUGCGUGACAGCUCAUUUUCAGUACAUUAUAUGUACGAGGCUGGUGGUGUGCAGGAUGAGUUUUCAGAGCAGCUUAUUUAUUGCUUGUCAUGUAAAUUAAAGACCGUGUAUUUAACACUUUCCAAUCCUUUUAGAUAAAAUUGUUCUUUGCAAGAAUGAUUGGUGCUUAUUUUUUCAAACCUUUGCUGUGAACAGCGUGGCAACAGCAAGCAACGUUUGUCUGAUGAACUUCAGCUAUCUUAAUUUGGGUCUUCAAGUUUCUGUUGCACUUGUAAAAUGCUACAAGGAAUAUUAAAGAAAUCUAUUCACUUUAACUUAUAAUAGUUUAUGAAAUAAAAACAUGAGUCACAGCUUUUGUUCUGUGGUAACCUAUACAAACAUUUGUCUUGGGGAUUCAAUGUAAAGAGCUGAAAAUGAUGUAUAUGUUGUAAAUAUUUGUGUGUUGUGAGAAAUUUUUGUCAUAAGAAAUUAAAAGAACUUACCAGGAAGGUUUUUAAGUUUAGAAAUAUUCAUGCCAAUAAAAUAGGAAAUUAUAAAUAUAUAGUGUAAGCACUGCAUCAGUGGACAUUCUUGGCUUAUGUUAGUUUAUUAUGAAAAUAUCAGAUUUUUUUGAUUAUAUUAUCAGUCAGACAAAAAGAGAAGUCAGAUUUAAUUUGUUUUUGAAGCACUUUGAGAAGAAAAAUUAAUUUUAAGUAACUUAAUGAGCAAUUUUUGAUUACUGCUUUAUGUUCAGUACCAGGCUUAUUUGUUUCUCUGGAUUAUUUUGCAAAUCAAAGAAUUUGAAACUAUCAGUUUGUAGCAGGUGUUUGACACCAGUGGGUCUGUUUAUUUACUGGGAAAUGUGUAGGUGUCCUUUCAGAUAUACAGUGUUCCUGAACAACACAAGUUAACGGGACUCAGUGUUGAGCAGGUCAGAGGGGACCUGCAGGGAGUGAAAGGUCCCCACAGAUUAUCUCGGUGCCUCCCUGUUGCUGGUGAUACCUACUAGUGUUCAGCUUGGGGACACUUGGAUUCCUAAAACUGUGACCAGUAGGUUCCAGGUAGUGAGAUCCGUGAGCACGUCUAGGAUUCAGAUGUCUUUGCUUCUGUGCAUAUGAGUGAGACUCCCUGCUAUGGUCCUGUCAGUCUUGUCCUUGUUGCCAGGCAGUCUGACCCUCAGGCAUCUCCCGUUUGGCAGCAGGAGGGAGACUGCGUGCCUGCAUAUAUACACUACCUUUUGCUAUAGCCAUGAAAUAGGGCAGCCCUGUGUCUCAGGACCUCCUGUCUCAAGGCACCGAGAGCACCUCCCAUCUGUGUGAGAGCCCCGUGCCACCUCUAGGAAGCUGAAGGUGGGCUCAGGAGCCUGCACGGGGCAGCAGGUCACCCUCGUUCCCGAACGUUCACUGGGCUAUUUGGAGAGGCUCAGAGACUAAAUCCUCCCCUUUCCUUGAAAUCCAACAAUAGACAUUUCAGGAAUUUCAGUCUUAAAGAAAAGGUAACAAAAUAUCACAUUUCUCACUUUCUCCAUUUUUAAGCUUAAUUUUAGUAACUUAUUUAUGAUGUUUAUUUUAGUUUUGUGGCCUCAUCUUUGGAGGCUGACCUUCCCAUGGGUCUAAGAGCAGUGACGUGUUGAGGAGUUGCUGCCUCUCAGGAGUCGUAUGCACAAGCAUUCAGCAGAGCUGCUGAUGCCUUCUAGGGAACUUUAUUUCCGUUUCUCAAGGCAGGGGCCUCGGACUGUUCUCUAUCUGCUGUAGAACUUCACUGUGGGGUGCCAGCACCCACAUGCUUGACCAGUCUGGAAGAGGUCACACUCAAUAAAACUCUCAGCUUGAGCUUAUGCAAUGAUUGGUAACGUUUUUGGCAAUUGUAAGAAUUAGGAAAUGAUCCUAGAAAUAUAUGUAAAGUAUUCAAUUUUCAAUCAUUUUUCAAAUUACUGUUUUAAAUUGUUUUGCUGAGUUGUAAUACUUUUGAGAUACAAUGUAUUCCUUGUACUGAAAGAAUGAAAAGGACUUUUUCAGCAUUUGAGGUAAGUUCUUUAACGUUUCAUUAAAAACAUUUUUUACAGAUCUUUUGUACAUGCACUUGCAGUAUUGAGGUUAAUCAUUUUAAUAAAUUCGGAAA